AGAAUCAACAUUUGGAGAGAGACAGGAAGAGAGAAUGGUGUUCUUCUGCUUCUUGGUGGAUCAGAGGAGAACAACGGAGAGCACCAAGCCGGCGGCCGGGAUCUGCUCAAGGUGCAACGCCGGUGCGCGGGUUGCGGAGAUGAAGACCUCCACCCGCUUCUGCGCUGUUCCCUUCUAUUCUCGCAGCUGGAAGGCUAUUAUAUGCUCCUUCUGCGGCACCAUCCUCAAGUCCUAUGCCUAAACUAUGAUGGCAUCAUUUCUUUCUUGUAAGUUGUAAAUAAUAUCAGCCAUCUCAGUGGCCACAUAAGGUGGAUGGUAGCUUUGCUUAAGCCCCAAUGGUGAUAGUGGGAUGAACUUGACUGAGAUGCUUUACGUUCCGUAAGUUAAGCAUGUAAAAAGCCUCCCCUUAAAGCCGCCGGAACUAGCCGAUUUAAAGGCAUGUAUAGCCUGCCGCGUUGGCUCUGUGGAUGCAAACAAUUCAACAACAAACCUACAUGUGAUUUCAACUCUGAAC